AUGCUUGAAAUUAUUUCAGAAUUUUUUAGUUCAUGUUGUACAUUAAAGAAAAAUCAAAAAAAUGAUGAAUAUAUUUUUAUCUUGUGCCCUGCCCCAAGCGAUUUAGAAGAAGAAUACAUAGAUGAAGAAGGAAAUCUCAAAAAAAAGAAACUUGAAAAAAUCAGAGGAACUGCUAGAAAUAUUGUAGACAGGGAAAUUGUUAGAGAAUGGAGUGGAAGAGAAAUUGGAAGCUGUAUUUGCUGUCACUUAAUAUAUGAAGAUGAAAUGAUUGUUUAUAGGGCUGAUAAGUAUGGUAAAAAAAUUGAUGGAAAUUGGGAGGGAUAUGAUGAAAGUAUAUUACAACACCAAAACAGUGCUAAGUCUGUGGGAUCUCUGAGUUCUUAUGGUUCAAAAAAACAUUUUUCUGAUGAACCAUAUGCUGCAAAUUCCAAUUUUACCUUUUCGAGUUCAGACGAAAAUAUUAACACAGUUGAAACUAAAGGUAAAAAAGUAAGAGGAAAAACAAAAUCAAAUAUCAGUAGAUCUCACAGUUUAGUUGAGAAAGAAGUAGAUGAAAAAGAAAAGGCAAAAAACAAAAAUAAGAAACCAAUAGAAACAAAAGAUAUUAAUAAAGAUUGCUCUACAAUUCACUCUGAUUCCAAUAUUAAUUCCAACCCCAUAGAUGAUAAGGCAACCAAUAAUGUAAAUAACAAUAAUUCCAUUAAUAAAAGUGAUGAAAAGUGUGAAAAACAAAACAAAUCAUUGGAUUCAAAAAUAAUUAAUAAAUCCUCUAUUACAAAGCAUCAGAAUCCUUCAAAAUUAGGAAAAAUACCACCUUUAAAAAGUGAAUUAUUAAAUACCAAUGAUCAGAAAAACAAGCCACUUAAGAAGAAAAUAGCUAAUGGGCCAAAAUACACAAAAGAAGAGAUAAGCCUUAAAAAAAGUGAAAUAAAUAAAAUAAGUUUAGAAAAAGAAAAGGGAAAUGAAAAUGAUGAUAAAAACACUCAUACUCAAAGAAAUAACAAUAAUCAAACCAAUAAUAAUAUUGAUCAUCACUCUGGUUCCGAUAAAGAAACUAUUGAAAAUACCAAAGCUAUUAAAUAUGAGGAGGAAGAAAUUAAAUUUAAUAAAGAUAUCUCAUCAAAGAUUAUACGCCAUAAAGCAUCGACAGGAAUUCAAGCUGAAAUAAUUCUUAAAGAUGGAUCAGCAAUAAAUUGUAAAGUUAGUUUCUCAGAUAAUGAAGACGAUCUCUCAUUCAUUUGCGAUGAUAAAGUAAAAGCUGUUCCCUGGAGUAACAUUAAGGAAAUUUUCACAACUAAGAAUGAACUUAAAAUGGUGAAUACAAGGGCACCUAUUUUUAAAGAUCAAACUUUAAUUAUUGCAUUACAUCUAAGAGAUACAGGAAAUUGUAUACCGUUGAAAUUUAAUUCGAAGCAAGAGAAAGAGGACUUUUUAAAUUUUGCAAUCAAAAUGAUUAGAAGAUAA